AUGGGUGGAUUAAAUCUCGAAGUCUUCAAGUUUGGCAUGUAUGUCAUGUUCCCAAUUGGCAUCAUGUACUACUUUGGCACGAACCUCGAUAACAGAUUCUCUGUUCCCGGAUUCUGGCCCCAAGACAGCCAGACCAACAAGCUGCCGCGAGACCGCGAGGAGCUCAAGCGCGAGUACGAGCGCCUUGUUGCGAAGCAGAAGCUGCAGCAGGCAAAGGCGUUUGAACAGGAGCGCCUACGAGCCGCGGAUCCCCAGAACGAGACGAAAUAA